UUAUGUUUUUUUUUUUUUUUUGAUUACUUUGUUAUAACAAGGAUUUACUUUCCAAAAGUUUGUUCUCUGUUGCAGGACAAGGGAAAGUGUUCGAAGAGUUGAUCAGUUUUAUGCAUCUUAUCCCGCUGGGACCGAACUACUAAAGGACACUGCUAAGAAUAGUGAGGUCCCAUUGAGUUCGCUAUCUGGAUACGUAGACGGAGAUGGUGCAACUUGGAACUAUUCCGAGGUUAGAGAGAUUAGGGUUUUUGAAAAUAUGAAGAUCUGAUAGAGUUAUGAGUGAAUAGCCUAGGGUUUACUCCCUUUAGGGAUUGAGCCUGAUUAUAUUGUGUAAUUGUUCUUUCUUGUAACUGUUUGUUACUGAGAUAUCAAACAGUGAUUAUUUAUAUGACGUAUAAAGAGUCUCAUCGACGGCACAAGGCAAAAGAAAGAUCUCUAAAGUAUUUAGAGCAACGGAGGUUUUAUGAAGACGAAGACGAUGAUGUUGAAUCUCCUAGUGAUGAUGAAUAUGAUGAUGAUGAUUAUGAUGAUAAUGAUCUUCUACGACUUGGGAACUACCCCUUUGAUGAUUGCCAAUCCCACGAUUCUGCACCAGAAGACUUUGCUGGGAGUAAUUUACCAGUACCGGUAAAGCUGGAAAACCGGUAUGCACCACUAAUUGAUGAUGAAGAUAAAGUUGAAGAAAACAACGAACCAAGCUUACGUUUGAUGUCGUUAAAUAUGAUGUCGUUAGAUAAUGCUCUCUCUAAUGAGAAUCCUGGUGAUGAAAGGGAUUACGAGGUAUUUCAGAAUAUAUACGGCAGCCUAUGUGUGAAGAGAACAGGUAAGAUUACUCGUAGUAUUGCCGAUCAGGAAACUAGUAGUACUGCUGCUGAUGAUAAGAUGAUUACGGGUAGUACUAUAGCCGAUCAAAUAAGUAGUAGUAUUGCUGCUGAUGAUAUUAAGAGAUCGAGGUUGUCUCCUUACAAAUUGGCUCUGUACAAAAAGAAGAAGUGGAUAAAUUCUUGGUGUAAGAAGGGAAACAAUGACAAAAAGACGUUUUGUAUAUACGUAGACGGUUAUUUUCGAAAGAACAGAAAAGCUGGAUAUGGAGUUAUUAUACGUUAUCAUUCUGGUUUCCCACUAGUUGCUUCUGUUGGGGUUCAUGUUCAAGGAAAACCAGUUUCAACACUUUAUCAUGAGUUGCAGAGAGUUAAUGGAGGUUUGGAACUUGCGAUUAAGUAUGGAAUCCGGAACGUCCAAUUGCGCACCAAUUCAUUCGCUGCUGCCGUACUGGUAAGGAACAGUCUUUAUUGGUUCGAUGUCAGAUGUUUCUGUGAGGAUAGACAGAGUUUAUCAACCUUUGGCACUUGCGAGAGAUGUCUUUGGAGGCUUAAAACCUUCAUUCCAAUCGUUGAUAAAAACAGCCGUCUUGCUGGUGUUUAUCCACUUCUUCAGGAAAUCGUAGGCAAGUGUGCUAUGUUCAAGCGGAGACACUGGCGGCGUUUCAUCAUUUCUGUAGGAAGAAAAAUGAAUAAAGCUGCAGAUUAUCUUGCAAAGCUUCAUGAAAGGAAAGAGGAGAUGAGUCCAGAAGAGUUUCCCGAGCAACUAAAAGAUAUUUACCAAGAUGCGGGGAUGUGGCAAAUUGCUGUGGACGGACGCUUCAGGCUAAGGAUAGAUUAUUUAAGAUCUAGGGUGUCUAAGAGGAAGUGGCCAUGGUGGUAUCAUGUUUAACGACACCCAGUGCUACAAAAAUGGCUAAGGCGCCACACACAUCUUCCACCUCUUUAACGACAACCAGAGAAAAUUUUGGUGUUUGCACUUUGAGAUUGAGCUGUUGAAUUAGAGAUUCUUUGUGUCAAAAGAAAAGAUGAGCCAUUAAAUGGAUUAGUUACUAUAACCAAUGCUGUUCAUUAUGUUCAAUUCAUCGAAAUCUUUAUUUUCAGCAGAAACAUAAACGAAUGCAACUAUACAUUGUUAUUUAAGUAAU